CAUUGUGCAUCACUCUAUGUUUACGAGGGAAAGGUAAACCUCUGUUUUUCUCGGAGGUGAUAGCGCACGCACGCUACGGGCGGACCCACUCACAGGCUAGGUGUGGCUUGGUUUUUUUUUUUUAAAAAUUUAUAUGGUUGAAAAAAAAAAGAAAAACCCUUUCUGUUUUCUCUCACGCACCACGCUCCCUCUCUGUUUUCUCUCACGAGUCACGACUCCCGCACCACUCUCCCUCUCGGCCUCUCUCUGCUCUCUCUGCUCUCUGAAGUCGGCAACAAGAAGCAACCGAACAGGAACAUUCACUGCUGAGGUGACCAAAGCUAUGGCUGCCAAGCUGCUUUUGCAGAGAAGGCUCCUCAGGUUCUUGACACUGUCACCACCCUCAUUACACUCCUCUUCUUCUGGUUACAUUAAUGGGGCACGGUUGCUUUCUCUGAAAGUAUCAGAAAUAGUGGGUCUCUUCAAGGGUAAUGCACUUCUUUCUCCUUUUUCAACUUCUUCUAGAAGCUUCUGCUCUCGGGGUUCCAAUCUUCUGGAUGAGUCUGAAGUCCCCACGGCCGUUGAUUACCGGUCUCUAAUGGAGGAGAGUGAAUACCACAGCCUGGCUGAGUCCACAAUACAUAACCUACAGGAAAAAUUAGAGGACUAUGGAGACUCUAUUGACAUAGAUGGAUUUGACAUAGACUAUGGGAAUGAUGUUUUGACUGUAAAACUUGGCGAUCUGGGCACUUAUGUAUUGAACAAACAAACACCAAAUAGACAGAUUUGGCUGUCAUCUCCAGUGAGUGGUCCAUCAAGGUUUGAUUGGGAUCAGGAUACUAAAGCUUGGAUUUACAGGCGGAAGAAAGUAAACCUGUAUAAGCUUUUAGAAGCCGAGUUGGAGCAGUUGUGUGGCAAACCUUUUGUUCUUUCCUGAGGUAUUGAGGUGCCACCUACUCAUGCUUUUUGAUUAAGAAGGCAAAUCAUUUAUGAUGAGCGUUUUGCGUUCCGAAAUUAUUUUCUCUUUCAUCCCUUAGCCACCUUUUACUUAUAUCAGUUUAUGUAUCAGCUGUUAUCAUAUCUUUUACAGACAUAAAGUGAUUGUAUCUUCUAAGUUCUAAAUAAUAACUUCUACAAAGAAUUCUUGUGCAAAUAUGUUAUUGUCAUUUUACUUGUUUGAAGGAUUACAAUUGCGACA